ACCAUCUCUCUCUCUCUACAACUAUCUUAUCCCCAAACUCAACCCAACCCUUAACCGCCAAUUCAACUUCUUCUUCCCCAAUUUAAGCUUACCAAUUCUUCCCACUUUCUCCACUCUAAUUCUUCAAUUUCAAUCAUGAAUUCCACCUCCCAACAAGCUGUUAUUGAUUCCGCCGAUUUCUUCGAUUGCUUGCCGGACGACGUCGUCUUGUCGAUUUUCGGCAAAUUGCAAGACGCCAAAUCGCUGUGCCUGUCCAUGUCCACCUGCAAGCGCUUCCGCUCCAUCGCCCCGCAGGUCGAUCGAGUCUUCCUCCCGAUCCCUCCGAACAAGUCCGACGCCAAGGAUUCCGAUCGGAAGAGUUCCUUCAAAAAUCUGGUGAUCCGAGCGUUGACCAAGCCCUUCCUUCUGAUUUCUCAGAUGAUCAAACUCAAGCCCAAGCCCGAGGAGAAUAACGACCUAGAUUUCUACUCCUACUACGUCCCCAACCAGAUACUGAAGAAUUUCCAAGGAAUCCGCGGCCUCCAUCUCCGGCUGCCCUGCCACGGCAAUCACAAGCAUAAUCCGUCCAGGAAUGGUAAGAAUCCGACGACGUUGCUGAAAUGGAGAGCUGAAUUCGGGCGGGAGCUGCACAGCUGCGUGAUUUUGGGGGCGAAAUCGUGGUCGGAGAAGGAUAGGGUUGAAUCGAGCGAGGAAGAGGCGUCGUCGUCGCGGGUGAUGGCGGACGACGAGCUGAAGCUGCGGAUCGUGUGGACGAUAUCGUGCCUGAUCGCUGCGUCGGCGAGGCAUUACCUGAUGCAGGAGACGGUGAAAGGGCUGAAGAUGAUCGAGAGCGUGGUGGUGUCGGAUGAGAGCGAUCAGGGGAGGCUGUGUAUGAACAAGGAGCAGAUUGAGGAGAUUCGGCAAUCGAGCAAGGUGAAAGGAGAUGAUGAGACGACGGUGGAGAGUAGGAGCAGAGUGCCGGCGCUGAGGAUGAAGAUGUGGUAUUUGGAUCGGCUGGAGGUGCCGGGGUCGGGCAAGGUCAUGGAGGGGGCGACGCUCGUGGUUAUAAAGCCGGCUGGUGGGGGAGAGGACGAGGCGAAGAAGGGCCGGAGUGAUGCGGAGAUGGUGGCGGACGCGUUUGAAGGGGAAGGGGAAGGGAAGGUGAUAGGUGAAGCAGUUAGGAAGCUCAUGGUUGCCAAGAAAUGCUAUGUUUUGGAGAUGAAUUCGUUUUAACACAUUAUUACUUUUACUUGGGAGUUAAUAAGAGAUUCAGAUUUCACACAUUCUUGUCAUACAUUCUUUGCAUCAAAUAGAAACACGAGUACAAUCAAGUGCUAGAAUGAAACUGCUAUAAAAUCUUGUGAUGGAUAUGGUUAGACGAGAAACGAAACUUGUAUACAAAAGGGGAAUCCUAACUAGAAUUCUUACAUUCUUCUUCUUUUUUA